AUGCCAAUUUUAUGUGUCCCUUGCUCUGUUUGCUCAAAACUUAUGAAUCCAGAAAAAUCACUAUGGAUCUUCAAAGAAUCUAAUACUACUUAUUCACUUACUACCGCGUAUCCAGAUAUUAUGUUGGUUACUAAUCCCAAUCCACCACCAAAUAGAAUCGCAAUAUGUUCUUUAUGUAAAUCAAACCCAAGUAGAAAUUAUCCUCCAUAUCUUUCUCAAGUUCCAUUAGAAAUAGAACUAGUACCCUUAGAAAAACGCAGAUACUUGUCCUCUGUCUUUCUACAUUGUUCACUUGGUCGUACCCCUAGAGCAAACCCCUUCACAGAAUACAGAUCAUUAGUUGGUACUAUGAACUAUUCUCAGAAUCUUCAUUCUUUAAGUCUAUAUUCCAGUAUAUUAGGUGCUUUCCUGAAAACCUCUACUAUCGUUUCAACUUUGCCUUGGCUUAAUAACUCCUUAAUAAAUGCAGUCACCUGGCUUAAAGAACAUAACCUCUAUUUAUAUGAAUACACUAAUUUGCUUCAAACCAAUUCGUCUACCCAACCACCUUUACCAACAGCAACUCAUUUAUCUGGUGAUGAUAAUAUACCUCCCAUACAACCAGUUCGUCAAUCAAAUGCUGACUCAACACAUCGUUUACCAACUGCAAUUGAAAUUAUUGAACGAAGCACCUACUCUGAUGGACUUGCUUGGUAUAUAACCAAAUAUAUAAGCAAAUCUGAACCAACUCACCUAUUCAACAUACAAGAACAAUUAUGUUAUCGAGAAUAUAUCCAUGCUCGCCGAAUGGGAUCAAUGGAAUUAAUGUUCCUAUUACUUGGCGAACGUAUUACAAAUUCUUUAACCCAAGUUCAAUUCCUAACAACUGAUCCUCCAUCCACUCAGUCAAAAGCCAUACUACCAUUAUACAUGAUUGACCCUAAUGAUGACAAUCCUUAUUGGUCUGACAAAGUAGAAAAAUACUUCGCUUGUUCAAGUGAUCCCAUAUUCGAUAUGAUAACGAAACUUCAUCGUCAAGCGCAACAACAAGAUACUAACGAACAAGUUUGGAAUGUAUUAUCACAAAAAUUACUAGAAACUAUCCAAUCACCCCAACUAGAUACAAAUCUCAAUACCACUCACAUAGUAGGUUAUCACGAAACUGCCGAAUUAAUCAAUAGAACAAUUUGCACCUCAAUCCCCAUCCACGAAGAUAAGGUCCUAAUUUCUGACUGUGUCGAUAUUAUAGACAAUCAAAUAUAUCCUACCAAUUCAAGACAUCGUGAAUUCGCAAAUAAAACAAAUCUUCCUAGUACUAUUAGAAUUCAACCCGGAGCAAGAGUCAUGUUUUUGAACAAUUCCCAAUACAGACACCGCAUAGCCAAUGGUACCGUAGGCAUUGUAACAGAUCUCAAUUUACAAAUUGGCCUGGUGUAUGUCAGUUUCUGUGUUGAAGGAGCAAUCAUUAAUACUUCGUUCACUAAAUAUACCCACAACUUUUACCUUAAUGGCUUACCUGCCAGUCGCACACAAUACCCCAUACAAAAUGCAUUCGCUCUUACGGUACACAAAACACAAGGAUUAACAAUUCCUGAUGUAUCUCUAAACUUAGAUAAUCAAAUCUUCGAGUAUGGACAAGCCUACGUAGCAUUAAGCCGCUGCACGAAAUGGGAACAUGUAAAAAUCCAAUCACUUGAUCGUGAUGCAUUUAUUGUUGAUCGAUCCAUGACCGAUGAAUAUGAACGACUAGAAUCCAAAGCACAUGAACCAUUACCACUAAAUAGAUAA